AUGGUUUUAGUAUCUGUUGAUGAUAUGUUGAUAACAUGUGAUAGUUUGAAAUUGAUUGAAGAAACAAAAAACAACUUGCAUCAGGUGUUUAAAAUGAAAGAUCCAGGUGAACUAAUAUACUUCUUAGGUAUUGAGUUUGCAAGAUCUAAACAAGGGAUACUAAUGCAUCAAAGGAAGUAUACUCAAGAGCUUAUAUCAGAACUUGGGUUAAGUGCUGCUAGACCCAUAGCUACUCCACUAAACACUAAUACAAAACUGACAACCAGAGAAUAUGAUGAUCACUGCAAAGACCAGGUAACAUAUGAUCCUCCUGCAGAUACUAAUUCAUAUCAAAGAUUGAUAGGCGGACUACUUUAUCUAACAAUGACCAGGCCAGAUAUUUCCUUCAGUGUUCAAACACUUAGUCAGUUCUUACAACAGCCUGAAAGAUCACAUAUGGAAGCAGCAAUGAGGAUUGUCAAAUAUAUCAAGAAUCAACCAGGAAGAGGGAUUCUAUUAUCCAGUUCAAACAACAACAACAUUACUGCCUACUGUGAUGCAGACUGGGCAGCAUAUCCAAUUUCCAGAAAAUCAGUAACAUGGUACUUAAUCAAGAUAGGAGACUCAUUAGUAGCCUGA